ACGUCCAGGUUCCAGGGCCUCCCACCAAUGUGCAUGCCUCCGAGAUCAGCAGAAACUAUGUCGUCCUCAGCUGGGAGCCACCCACUCCCCGCGGCAAGGACCCGCUCACGUACUUCAUUGAGAAGUCCGUGGUGGGGAGCGGCAGCUGGCAGAGAGUCAAUGCCCAGACGGCCGUGAGGUCCCCGAGAUAUGCUGUGUUUGACCUCAUGGAGGGGAAGUCAUACGUGUUCCGAAGUGCUGUCAGCCAACCGGCACGGCCUGAGCGAGCCGUCGGAGAUGACGUCCCCCAUUGAGGCCCAGGACAUGACCGUUGUCCCUUCUGCUCCGGGUCGGGUUCUUGCUUCCCGAAACACCAAGACGUCGGUGGUGGUGCAGUGGGACCGACCCAAGCAUGAGGAGGACCUGCUGGGCUACUACGUGGACUGCUGCGUGGCCGGAACCAACCACUGGGAGCCCUGCAACCACAAGCCCAUCGGAUACAACAGGUUCGUGGUACACGGCUUAACCACGGGAGAGCAGUACAUCUUCCGAGUCAAGGCGGUCAAUGCCGUGGGGAUGAGUGAAAAUUCCCAGGAAUCAGACGUCAUAAAAGUGCAGGCUGCACUCACCGUCCCGUCCCAUCCUUAUGGGAUCACACUCCUCAACUGUGACGGCCACUCCAUGACCCUCGGCUGGAAGGUUCCGAAAUUCAGCGGUGGCUCGCCCAUCCUGGGCUACUACCUGGACAAGCGUGAAGUUCACCAUAAAAACUGGCACGAGGUCAAUUCCUCACCCAGCAAACAGACAAUCCUAACGGUCGGUUGGUUUUUAUUUCUUUGUUUAUUUUUGCCUGGGUGGUUCUUUACAGUUUUUGGGCAAUGUUUCCGCGUUUGAUGACAUUAGAUAAUUUGAUAGACACAAAAAUGGAUUAAAAAAUAGUA